ACACCUGCCGAGCGCGUCCACCGAGGGUUCUGGGCGCUGCGUCCGCACCGUGCUGAGCUCGACGCCUCGUGGAGUUGAGGACUGAGCCUGAGCAUGGUCCACCUGUCUAGCGCGGCCUGUCUUCUAGGCGGCCUCGUGGGCCUGUUCCUGCUGGCGCCUGUUCUCACUGGCCACACACCAGGCAGCAUGUGUAAGCCACUGAGCACCCUCAACGACAGCCUCAGCCACAGGCGCCGCUUCAUGAAGCACUAUUUCCCUAUCAACUACACAGUCAGGGUUCAUCACAAGGAAAUCUUUAAACUGAAAAACAUCCACAGAAUGAGGUUCCGGGUGCAGGGCUUGGAUGACUUUGUCCUCCAGAGGUUGUGGUUCCAGGUCAACCAAGGCGUGUUAAAAAAGAUCCUUCGGGUUUUGCCGGAGCGGCACCCUUCACGCCCGUACACUGCAGAGUUGGCGAGCCGCUUCAAUGAUGUGGAGGACAUCUUCAGACAGGCACAUGGCCCUGAGGUGUUACAGCAGGAGAUUCCAGAUGCGAUCCAGGACAUUUUUGAUAGUUUAACAGAAAUACCCGACAGUGUGCCAAAGUCUGGCUGGCGACUUGCUUCUCCAAAGUCCCUCCUGGAUAACUUCAGCCACACCAUGCACUGCCUCUUCAGCAACUGUUUCACAAACCAAACAGCACAGGACUAUUGUGCUGUUUCCUACUGGAGGAAAGGCAGGAAGAAAGAAACACAGUCAGAGAGCUGAGAAGAAGCCAGUGGGGUCACGUUGUCCCUCUGGAUACUGGCUCGACAUUAGUUUUAUUCUUUAACUUCAUCUGUAGGCAGAGGAGUUACAGAACAACAGGAGAAUCCGGCUCUGAUUUGUGAACAACACAUUUUUAUUCCAAAUCUACGAAAGUCAAGAUUGUCUUGAUAGUAUGUAUUCAUGUAACAUUUAUGCUUUGCUGCUGAGGAUCCUAGCUUUGAAAGAGAUUGUUUAUAUUCAUAUGUUUUGAUAAAUUGAGUUAUUAUUAAUAUAUAAGACGUCUUUCCUUCCAAUAUGGAUUAUUUUAUAUGCAGCAAAAACUGCUGCUUGAUUUUUGUCAGCCAAGGGUUAAUAUUGCCUGGAUUAAGGACAUCAGUUCAGCACUCUGGCAGAUGUCUGCUUGCCUGUGAUGCCUUGGACCUGCAUGACUCAACUCAGAGACAAACAAGAAGCAAUUAGAGGAAGGAAUGUCAUUUUGACUUUGUACCAUAGCUGGACUUCUGUUCCACUGAUGCCUCUUUCAAAGACAAAUGAGCUUCACUGAGCAAUAGCAAAAUACAUGAAUUGAAUUUUAAACUUUUGUAUUUUAAAAGCGAAGUGAUGAUAGUUGUGCUUUUCUUAUCCAUCUGUAUGAAUACUAUUUACAAAGACUGAAGAAUAUAGAUCCACAUCAAGCAGUCACAACAUCCAUCCAAACUAUGGACAUUAUAUAUGUUUGUUCCAGAUCUAGUGUCAUCAAAGCAGUGAGUGGCCGUUAGCAUUUCAGUUAUGAAGAAACAUCACAGUGUGGCCCUCAUAAUUAGGCCAAGUACCUGCCUAAAUGAUUUGACUAAUUAGAAAUUAGGAGGUUUUAUUACAGAGGUAAUGCUAUAGUUUUAGAGGUACUAUGGUGACCAUAAGAAUAAACACAAAUCUGAUUUGAAAAAUGAAGGUAAAUCAUCUAGUUGUUACAAUAUAAUGUUGCAGCAACGUGAUUAGGACCAACAGGCCGUCCACAGGAGCCAUAUCUUAAUAGGAGCCAUCUCACACACUUGAUUGAUGCAUGAAUAAAAAUACACUUUUUUCAUCCCAUUUGCUAUUGUUUGAUAAUUAAAUCAAUAAUAAUGAUGCUGACUGAAGUAUAUGGAGUCCUAGAUCUGCUCUUUCUGUAAAAGGCCUUUAGCUAGUGUUAGUAUUAAUGUGUUAUGUAUUAAUACAUGGAAACUUUAUUAUAGGUAUGAAUGCAAUAGCAAUGCACAAAGUGUGUAUAGCAACAAAGUGUAAUUGUUUUUAAAGUUAAAAGAUCAUGUGAUGUUUCACCUACAAGCUAUUUGCCUCAUAGAAACUCGAGUUUUUAUCAAGACUGGAUCUCCAAGUAUUUGCAAAAGUUUAUCUUAGUAUUAAGGUCACAGUUUCAAUUCAUGUAUUCAUUGCAAACUUCAAAUGUAGGUUAUGUUUAGGUUUACCAAUGAAGUCAAACAUUGGGUUCAGCCUUAGUUACAAAGGACCUUAGCAAGCUUUUAUUUGUUUAAUAGGUUGAUCCUGGUCCAUAUAUGCAAAAGAAGCUCUAUCAUGACAUACAGGCGGUUGUUUUCCUAUACAAUAAGUGCAGUAUAUGUAUUUUUAUUCAUUUAUAUGUGUACAAAUGUGUGGUUGUUGUUGUUUUUUACCUAUAAGAACAUUUUAAUACAUAAAAUUGUAUUUGGCAUCUACAGAGUGAUGAAAACUGUUAAUUAGUUGUCUGUGUUCAGAUUUAGAAAGAUUUUUUAUAUGCAGAUACUAAAGUUAUUUAUUUUUUAGAAAUAUAUAAUGCUCUGUGACAAAAUGUUUAUGAAAAAAAUAAAAGUUAAAUUGCUAUUUUUAUCAACUAA